AUGCUUCGUCUUACCGCGAAAGACGACCAAAGCAAGAUAGAAACCAUCGCACUCGGAGUCUGGAAGGUUUCUUAUCUCAAAAAUACUCCUUUCAAUGUUCGCAAGCAAAUUUCUGACUUGGGAGCUGCAUUUCCCUACUUUCAACGUUUAGCCCUCGAAGUGUAUUCCCUCGAGCCCAUGUUGGCGAUCUUGUUUGUAUUGAACAAACUGUGGAAAGGAGUAGAGGGUGCUUUACUGCUAUACUUCUCCAGCCGAAUUCUGCGAAUCAUCGAGAUCGGGUUGAUAGAAGGAGUGCCAGACACGGGUGCGAUCUUGAAUGCGGUAGCGGCGCGUAUCGCCUGCGUUGUACUCGCCGCAAUAUUACACUGGGCCAGCGAGCAAGUAAUCCCGACUCUGAAAACCCGGAUUACGACUCAUUUUGAGUUGUAUUUGAUGCAAGCUCAAUUAAGAAUAGACGUUCCCACUUCACAAGAACCGCGAAGCAAAAUUAGAGCAUCCUCCUACAAUGCGUGGACUUCAUUUGAGGGCGUCGUCGACUUUGUGACGCAGAUAAUGAAGGCAUUUAGCCAGUUUACCCUCAUUCUUCAAACUUCUCAAUUACGGCCGGUGUUUCUCUCUCUAUCGGGUCGUUCGCUAUGGGAUACUCACAACGAGCAUCGCAAACGUAUGAAGGCAUUGAACGUCAUGACUACCCCUGGCUACAGAUCCGAAGUCCUCGCAGGAGACCUGAUCGGCUACAUUAUUAAUGAAUAUAAGAAGGCGGCUGCGCUUCUCGGCGGCCUCUCGGACGAUUGGGCUCCCAAUCAGUACAUGAACAGGAAGUCUCCAAUGUGGCAAAUUGCCACCAGUUUGAUGGGCGACCUGCCAGUCGUGUAUUGCGCGAUCGUGUCUAUCCUUCAUCCAGAGAAGCUGUCACUUUCUUCAAUUGCGAUACUCCAACAAUCCUCGCAGACACUCGAAUGGACCCUCCAACUCCUUUCCAUGAACAUCAACUCCUUCCGAAAACAAUAUCAAGAGAUCAAGAAUGUCUACGAUUCCGCUCAACUCACAACAAACAUUCAAGAUGGCAAUGUAUCUUAUCCCAGGACAGGCGAAGAGGAACUCCGGGGCAUGUCCUUCGAACUGCGAGAUGUCUCCUUCACUUAUCCCGGCAGCCAAAAUACCAAACCAGCCCUGUCCAACAUUAACCUAUCCAUAAAGUCCGGCCAACUGGUCGUCAUCGUGGGGGCAAAUGGCAGCGGGAAGUCCACCAUCCUCAAACUUCUCACACGGUUCUACGACCCCUCUUCCUCGCCAGACUCAAUACUCGUUGGUGGUAUCCCAAUCUCAAGAUACCGUAUAGCGGACCUACGACGAGCAACGGCAACGUUGACGCAGGAUCACUCGCUCUUCCCUCUGUCGCUGGGAGAGAAUAUCGGACUGGGGUAUCCAGAGAGAACAUGGGAUGCAGGGAUGGUAGACCGGGCUGCCGAGAUGGGUGGGGCGACACAUUGUUUAGGAAAGCUUGAGAAAGGGAAGAAUACCAAGCUGGACACGGGCAACGAGGCGUAUGGACACAACGUACCCGACGAACCGUCCCAUCCAUUGCAGUGUGAACUGGAGAAGCUUCAGAAGAAUAUUUCGCUGUCAGGAGGGGAGACCCAGAGGAUCGUAGCGGCGAGGACGUUCAUGCGUUUUGAGUCUGGGUCUGUCAAUUUAGUGACAGUCGAUGAGCCAAGCUCGGCGUUGGAUCCUGAAGGGGAGGCGGCUCUGUUUAGAAAUCUUAUCAGAGUUCGAGAAGGGAAAACUAUGAUAUUCGUCACGCAUCGGUUUGGCCAUUUGACGAAGCAUGCUGAUAUUGUUGUGUGCAUGAAAGAUGGUACAAUAGCUGAGGCCGGUACUCACGAAGAGCUGAUCCACAGAGAUGGGGAGUACGCCAAACUGUACAACAUACAGGCGAGCGCGUUUUUCAAGCCUGAGUGCAUGUAA